AUGAGUUUAAAGAUAUUAGUUCCUGUUAAAAGGGUGAUUGAUUUCGCUGUUAAGCCUAUCAUCAACAAGGCCCAAACCGGAGUUGAAACUAAAGGGGUUAAAUUCAGUAUGAAUCCAUUUUGUGAUAUUGCAUUAGAAGAAUCUUUAAAGAUUAGAGAAUCUAAUAAAGGUUUGGUGGAUGAAAUUCAUGCUGUUUCAAUUGGUCCAACUAAAGCCCAAGAUAUUUUAAGAACUGCAUUGGCCAAAGGUGCCGACACUUCAACUUUAGUUGAUGUUGGAGAUGAAGAAGUUGAACCAUUAGCUGUUGCUAAAAUUUUGAAAAAAAUCGUUGAAAAGCAACAAUCAAAUUUAAUUAUCUUAGGUAAACAAGCCAUUGAUGAUGAUUCCAACCAAACUGGUCAAAUGUUAGCUGGUUUAUUAGGUUGGCCUCAAGCAACCAAUGCUUCAAAAGUUGAAAUCAAUGGUGAUGAAAUCUCAGUCACCAGAGAAAUUGAUGGUGGUUCAGAUACUUUAAAAGCUAAAUUACCAAUGAUUAUUACUACUGAUUUAAGAUUGAAUGAACCAAGAUAUGUUAAAUUGCCUAAUAUUAUGAAAGCUAAGAAGAAACCUUUAGAAAAAUUAUCACCAAAAGAUUUAGAUAUUGAGAUUUCUAAAAGAUUACAAACUUUAAAAGUUCAAGCUCCUCCAGAAAGACCUGCUGGUGUUAAGGUUGAAUCUGUUGAUGAAUUGAUUGAAAAAUUAAAACAAGUCAAAGCUAUUUAA